AAAGCGGCGGCGGCCCUCCCGACCCAUAUUUUAGGUUUUUAACAACAACAAACACACUCUUCUUCUUCUUCGCCCACAUACCUCAUACCGUACUCUCUUUUCCUCUCCUCGCCGCCUGACCCAAAUUCACCUCCUCAGGUGAAAAGAUAAUUUCACAUGAAUCAAGAUUUAGCCUUUGAACUGGGUUGUUGGGGUGUAGAGAUGGAGGAGGAGGAUGUUGACAUAACUGGAACCAAUUGUACUACUGAUAGCCUCAGUAAGAUUAAAACAGGGGAGGACCCAGAUGCAACCGAGCGAUCAAGCUCAUUCGAUGGCACUCUUUCUGCUAAAGAUAAUUGUUCCCAGACAAGUGAUGCCGAUGUUGAGUCACGCUUCUAUGGACAGGAAAUUGACAGUUUUGAAAGCCUCUUUCCUGUGAGGAAGAAGAAACUGACUGCUCAUUGGAAGAAUUUCAUACGGCCUUUAAUGUGGAGGAGCAAAUGGGCAGAGCUGAAAAUCAAUGAGCUGCAGAAGCAGGCAAGGAAGUAUGACAGAGAGCUUACAGCGUAUGAAGCGAAAAAGAAAUUACUAAUAAAUGAGCAGCAGACUUCACCUGAUUUCGGUUCCAAGUUAAGUCCGUUUAAGAGGAAGACCGCCGUGACGACGACGAUGAGGAGGAGGAGAAGGAGGAGAGUUGAAGAUGUUACCGACAUUAAAUCAUACUUCUCGAAACACAAUCUUUUCUCCUAUCAUGAAAAUGACAAGUCCAACUUGGAUGGAAGUUUCAUGUCUGAGGAGGAGACUGAUUAUCCAGAAAAGAAGAUUAAUGUUGGAGGAGAAGGUGAAGUGAUGAAUAGGAAUGAUGAUGAUUGUUGGUUAUUUCCAGAGUGGGAAGAAGAAGAAGAAGAAGAAGAAGAGAGUAAUAAUCCUUUGGAGCAAUUCAUGCGUAAAAUUUUGAAUGCCAAGUCUCAUGUUGAGAAGCUCAAGUCUGAACUGGCCUCAGUGAUUUCUGGGGGUGAUAAGGCAAACAAGGAGGAGAAGUUGGGCAUUCUAAUCCAAUAUGAUGCGCGAAGCAGCAGCUCUGAGGACGGUCUGUCGGAUGAAACAAAUUCAAGUGGGGGGGGAAUGAUCCUAUAUGGUUUGGAAUAUGAUGAUAAUAUGGGCAUGGAGGAUAGAGGCGAGGUUUCAAGGUAUAGUAGCAUAGUUGUUGUUCCUGACAUAAUAGAAAGCAAUGUUAGUAAGUUGUCAUCUGUCGACGUCACAAUGCAUCAUCAGCUACCGCAAUCUGGAGAUUCUAAUUCUGAAGCUAUAAUGGAUAAUGGGCACAUACAUAGUAGAGAGGCAAUGGAGGAAAGAAGGUCGAACAAUGAAGAAGAAGAAGAAGAAGAAAAGGAAAGUGGGCAGGAACAAAGCAGCAACUCAAGUGGUGGUGGUGGUGGUGGUGGUGCUGCUGCUGCUGCUGCAAAAUGUGACAUUAAUGAAGAAGUAGAAGAAGGUGGUAGCAGGACAAAUACAAUAUUGUUGUCCAAAGGGAAGCGAGGCAAGCGCAAUGCUGGAUCUGCUGGUUGGAAAAACAUGCUAUUAUUAUGACCAGGGUUCACUAUGGAAACAAAAAAAAAAAUGUUAUGAAUCAAGUAAGGGACUAACAACAACAAUUGAUUAGUAAGUAAGUAAGUAAGUAUACCCAGUAGUCUAGAACACUUACUAUACUUUUUUUUAUUUUAUUUAAAUUGUAGCUUACAAUUAAUUAUUAUAUUAGCUCCAUCUAAAACUCUGCCAAUGAUCAAAUUGAUCGAAUUGAUGUUGAGAAAAAAAAAGUACAUUAAUAUUGCUGAUUGAAACUAAAUUUGAUGUGGCUGGCUUUCU